CGGAAAACGUUUAAGAACCAAACGGACGCAAACAGAGCAAAAUUAGAGUUUCUAUUGGACACGUUCAGGUAGAUCCCUCCCCGUUUCGUUUGCUUCCAUUUUAAGAAACGUUUUGCAACUGAAUCGGCGAAAUGAAUAAGCCACUUUAUUUUUUUUUUAAGCGGAGUAGCUCGCCAGAGAGCAGAAAACAACAACAGCAGCGUGAACGAGGCUAAACAACGGGCUAGCUAGCUAGCUACAUGAAUAGCGACAACAGCGACCAGGAUUUGUCAAACGCAAUGCCCUUAGUUAUCUUAAUUAUUUGUCUUCUAGUCGGAUAAUGUGAGUAAUGUCAUUUUAAGCUUGGACAAAACCUAUUUGCUGUUGCAUAUCGCUUUGCAUUGACAUUACGAACCUUACUCGAGAGCAAGCUACCUAGCAAUCGACGUCUCUCUAUGUUUGAAUAUCUUCCGGCGGCAGCAGCGGUGUCAUGAACAGUGGACUCCCAGCUUCAGCUGCUCCGCUCGGGGGUGUCGGAAUACCCUGCGUCAAGGUGAAGUUCUGCCGAUACUACGCAAAGGAUAAGACUUGCUUUUAUGGGGACGAGUGUCAGUUUUUGCAUGAGGAGCCGUCCAUGGCAAGCAUGUCCCUUCACAGUGGAGCAAGCCCUGUCCCUUUAUCCAUGUCUGGAGGAGCCGUGACGUAUCCGCUUAGUGCACCCCCGGCCUGCCCGGUUGGGGUACCGAACGUCCCCAAAAAGGGCGACUCUCUGGGGCCUGCAGGCACGGCUCUGGAGGGACAGAUGUUAACCAUCCCUGGGAUGGAGGGCGGGACCCUGAGCGAUGCCAAUCUGACCAACUCCUACUUCAGCAGCAGCUUCAUCGGGGUCAACGGCUUCGGGAGCCCGGCAGAGUCUAAAUACUCUAUCAUGCAGAGAAUCACCAACAGCAGCGCUUCUCCCAGUCUCCUUGACGACGGUGCCAAGAACUUCAGCCACAGCACUCACGAUCUAUUCCAUGGAACCUUGGCAGUUGGACCAGGUCAGAGUUGUGGGUCGAUGGAAAACUCUCCGUGGGCAACACAGUCUUCAUUCCCUCUCCCUCUAUGUCCUCUUCCAGAUCCAGGGAAUUCCCCCAUGUCUUCACUCUUCAGUGACUUUGGUGCUCUGAGCAUAUCACAAAGGAGAAAGGGUCCUAACCCUACAGCCAAUGAGUUCAUCCCUAAGGGGGUUCCCCGAAUGGCCACUAUGGUCCAGUCCAGUGGUCCGGCCUUCCCAUCUCCCCUCUUCCCCCACCUCGGCCUCAGCAGCUCCACUGCCCUCGCGCCUGGGAUGUCUCUCUCUGCGGGGUCCACCCCCCUCCACUCCCCUAAAAUCACCCCCCAAACCUCACCUGCCCCUCGCCGGCGUAGCCACACCCCCAACCCCAACAACCCAAACCCCAACAACCCCAACCCAGCCAACUACAUGGUGUCCACCAGUGUGUCUGACCAGGGGGCCCACAUCAUCCAGAAGGAGACGGUGGGGGGGACCACCUAUUUCUACACUGAUAACACCCCCGCUCCCAUGGCCGGGAUGGUGUUUCCUACCUACCACAUCUACCCCCCCACUGCUCCCCACGUGGCCUACAUGCAGCCCAAAGCCAACGCCCCGUCCUUCUUCAUGGCUGAUGAGCUCCGACAGGAGCUGAUUAACAGACAUCUGAUUACCAUGGCUCAGCUUGACCAGUCAGAGAACACAGGUGUUCCAUCUGAGGUGGACAGCUACCACAGCCUGUUUCCCCUGGAGCCUGUCCCCCCUCCAAACCGCCUGCAGAAGACCAGCAACUUCAGCUACAUCACUUCCUGCUACAAGGCUGUCAACAGCAAGGACGACCUACCGUACUGCCUGAGGAGGGUACAUGGUUUCAGGCUGGUGAACACCAAGUGUAUGAUGCUGGUGGACAUGUGGAAGAAGAUCCAGCACUCCAACUCUGUCACCCUGAGGGAGGUCUUCACCACCAAGGCAUUUGGAGACCACUCGUUAGUGUUCUCCUAUGACUUCCAUGCGGGGGCAGAGACGAUGUUCAGCAGGCACUUCAACGACCCCGCGGCUGACUCCUACUUCACCAAGAGGAAGUGGGGACAGCACGAGCCCCCUCCACCGCGGCAGCACGCAGGUCUGCUCCCCGAGUCUCUGAUCUGGGCCUACAUCGUCCAGCUGAGCUCAGCCCUCAGAACGAUCCACACUGCUGGUCUGGCCUGUAGGGUCAUGGACCCCAGCAAGAUCCUCAUCACCGGCAAGACCAGGUUACGGGUGAACUGUGUAGGGGUGUUUGAUGUCUUAACGUUUGACAACAGUCAGACCAACCACGUGACCCUCAUGCCACAGUACCAGCAAGCGGACCUGAUAUCCCUGGGCAAGGUGGUGUUGGCCCUGGCCUGUAACUCUCUGGCUGGCAUUCAGAGAGAGAACCUGCAGAAGGCCAUGGAGCUGGUGUCUAUCAACUACUCAUCAGACCUCAAGAACCUCAUCCUGUAUCUGUUGACAGAGCAGUCUAGGCUGCGCAGCGUUAAUGACAUCAUGCCCAUGAUCGGAGCUCGCUUCUACACACAGCUGGAUGCAUCACAGAUGAGGAAUGAUGUCAUCGAGGAGGACCUGGCGAAGGAGGUCCAGAAUGGUCGUCUCUUCCGUCUGUUGGCCAAACUGGGCACCAUCAAUGAGAGACCAGAGUUUCAGAAGGACCAUACGUGGUCUGAGACGGGGGACCGGUACCUGCUGAAGCUGUUCAGAGACCAUCUGUUCCACCAGGUGACAGAGGCUGGAACCCCCUGGAUAGACCUCAGCCACAUUGUUUCCUGCCUCAACAAACUGGACGCGGGCGUGCCUGAGAAGAUCAGCUUAGUGUCUCGGGAUGAGAAGAGUGUUCUGGUGGUGACCUACUCGGACCUGAAGCGCUGCUUCGACAGUACCUUUCAGGAGCUGCAGCAGGCCGCUGCUGGACCGCUGUAGCGCCCCCCACAGGCAGCGGGUUGGGACUGCCUGAACCGUACAGCACAUUAUUGCACUACAGCGGAGGACCAGGCGCAUAUUGAUGACAUCUUCAGUGUGGCGAGAGAGAGGCAAAAGGGGUGGGACUUGCUGGACCUCAGUCACAUACACUGUCUUGGCAACCAGGAAGGCUUUUCUAAAGCUGUUUUUUUUAAUUUUUCCUAAAAUCCUGCAGCUGCGAUGACAAGUAAUGGACAAAAACGGAAGCUGUAAAGUUUAGGAACGCUUCAUUUUUUUUAGACUUGGGAACAAAAACGGAUUCUAAAAAAUAAAACGACCACGUGGGAUUUAACUUUUUCCUGCUUUUAUUUGUAAUUUUUUUAUAGAUUUUUGUUUUUUCCUCUGUGGAGGAUGGACUAAGAUGUUUUACUUUUUAAUGAAUGUGAGUGGCCUACAGGCUGCACCUACCGAGAGUGGUGAACACACACACACACACACACACACAGACUGAGUACCUAAUAUAAAAUCAGGCUUUAUUUUUACUGUGUGUCUUCCUGCUGGAGACCACACCCCUUCAUACCAACGCACUAAGAGACGGGACAGACCACUGGACGCUUUCAAAGGGGGUGGUUAGGGAACCCAUUCCUGAAAUGGACCGGUCCACCUCAGCCUCCUUGCUUGUCGGUUCCCACUCAAAAGGACAAACCACUGAGUUUUUGGGUAGAGUGCUGGGUUGGGGACUCACAGACCAUUGGUCAAUUCAAUGCCUUGAUGUGGAGGUCAAGGGUCAUGCAACAUUGAGGUCAUGUGUUAGGUGGGCUAUUGGGUCAAACUGUGGUUUCUGUUGGCACUGAGGUAGGGUUUUGUCUAUAAGGGAUACAUUUUUUGGCCAAAUUGACUUCGUAGCAGGUUUAGGAUAACUUAAUCAGCGGUUUAGGAUAACUUAAUCAGCGGUUUAGGAUAACUUAAUCAGCGGUUUAGGAAAAGGGUCGGGGUUAGUUAAAAUGCACCAAAAAUCUACUUUUUCCAUCAAUUUGACAAAAGCUGUAUCCUAUCUAGAUAUGAUCCUGAGGAAGGGGUGUCUUCUCCCUGUUUGUUAUAUAGCCCAGGGUCAUAAAAGCAGCAGGCUAUUUUAUUGCUUCAUGACGGUCACUAUUGUGGAAAAUGUUGUGACACCAAUGAACUCUGUGAGAUGGGAUAUUUAGGACUGGCUCGUCAGUGCUGGGAUGAAGCCCAUGACUGGGCCAAAACUAGAGAAUGGUGCCAGUUCUGCCUCAAUGUGGAAUGUCCUCCUUUUCUUUGCCUCUUUCUCUCCCUCUUUAUCCGCUCCCCUGCUUCCUUCCCCUGAGGCGUCCCUGCCAACCUCUUCAUUUGAGAAUAAGUGAUGCUUUUAAAAAAAAAAAAAGUUUUUAGCUGGUUCCCUUCAUUUUGCUCAGCUGUUGUGCAGUGAUGCAUGAUGGGACAUGGAAGGGAUGGUAUUUUUCCCCUCAACACAAACUUUAUCCUGUGGACCAAUUCCAGCUGGGGUGGGGACGGAGGGGCAAGGAAUGGGACAAAGUGGUUAGUAAGAAGAGCUUUUAAGAUCUGUUUUUAUUUGACAAUUUAAAAAAAAAUCAUGUGAGACAAAAUGUGCUCGACACACCGAGCAGCGAAAACCAGUAAUUUAACCUCUGACCUUUCCCAGUGGUCACCUGGGAUUUUCCCCCUGAAGUGCGCACUUAUUCAAUCCCUCUCAUGGUUUUAAAAAGAAUGGAUUGGCGUGAGAGACGAUGGAAACUGCUUAUACCAAUCCAAUGAUUUUAAUUUCACAAGGGGUAGUGAAGGAGUUUACUCUUCAGGAAGAAAAAUAUAGAAUUUGGGAGAGGGUGGGUAAGAUUGGUGGGCAGUGGCUGAUGCAUUCAGAAGCAAGGGUCUAUUCAGAAGGGUGAAACGUUCAAAGCGUUUUAGAUAUAAAUGUAUUGUGUGUGUAUAUAUCAUAGACUUCAAGUCACAUGAGAUGAGGUGUCUGUUCUAUACAUCACUGUUCUAUGUGUAACAUAUUGGACGUUCCACCCCAUUGAAUAGACCUGUUGAAUGGUUUGGAAUUCUCUCAGGAUGACGGACAGCUGGAGGGGCCCGAUGACUGAAUGUGUUUGGCCGUCAUUGGUCGCCCUUUAUCCAGUCAGAUGGAUGUGGACUGGACUAUAAAUGGGGGUAGGUGGAGAUACUGUGGGGGAAUUCAUGAGAUGAUAGAUGGCCCUAAGCAUAGAUUUAGCAUCGGUUUACUCUGUCCAACCUUACCUGACCUACUUGGGGAUGUCAACAUAUCUGACCCCAUGUCAGUGACUAGGGGCAUCUACUCCAUGAGGCGACAUGGGAGUUGCCCCAUAGCACAGAUCUAGGAUCCGUUUACUCUACACCUAGCCUAUCCUGAACCAUUUAGGAGUUGAAGAGUAAAACUGACUGUAGAUCAGUACUUAGGGGCCACUUGAUCUAAAACCUGCUCGGAGUUAGAAUCAUGUGCUGUUUUCGGUGAAAUGAUGGAGACAGAAAACGUAUUUGGUGAAUGUGGUGCUUAGAACCCUAAAUUGAAACGGAUCACAUGCAUCCACCCUAUCACUGUCCCGCAUCCACCCUAUCACUGUCCCGCAUCCACCCUAUCACUGUCCCGCAUCCACCCUAUCACUGUCCCGCAUCCACCCUAUCACUGUCCCCAAUCCACCCUAUCACUGUCCCCAAUCCACCCUAUCACUGUCCCCAAUCCACCCUAUCACUGUCCCCAAUCCACCCUAUCACUGUCCCCAAUCCACCCUAUCACUGUCCCCAAUCCACCCUAUCACUGUCCCCAAUCCACCCUAUCACUGUCCCCAAUCCACCCUAUCACUGUCCCCAAUCCACCCUAUCACUGUCCCCCAUCCCCAGCAACUCCGACACACGCGCCGCUCUUCCCCCCCCCACUCCGACACACGCGCCGCUCUUCCCCCCCCCACUCCGACACACGCGCCGCUCUUCCCCCACACUCCGACACACGCGC